GGCGUAGUCCUCUUUGUAUCUUUAUGUUUAAUUUCCUGUGUAAGCAUAUAUAAAAGUUAUUAUAUACGUUUAUCAUUCACUUAUUAAGCAUACCAUAUGAAUUAAAUCACUUAAGUAGCUAACAGUACGUACACAUUUUUAUUUUUCUCUCUGAUACUGAGUUUAUUUGCAUUAAACUCACAGGUCAAAGGUGAUACGAAUUACAAACAUAGAAUAACUAAAUAACGUUCAUUAUACAGUACUAAAAAUGAAAAACUUAUUUAAUUUAAUUCUGUUACUUUCAUUACUUUGUGAAGUUUUGUGUUAUCAGUGUGUGGACCUUAAUAACAAACCUGUAGACUGGUUUUAUGCUUAUAAAUUACCUCUUGAAUCUAAACAUGAAAAUACGUUGAUUGCUACCGGUGCUGCAUACACGUAUAUGACGUCAAAUAAUUACCGCAGUGGGUGGAUUUUGUCCCCAAAAUCAAUCAAUGAUACAGAUUCGUUGGUAGGAUUGACUUUAAAACCUGUGUUUGAUUUAAAAAAUACAAAUAAUGGCUUAUACAUUCUAUACAAUGAUGAACAACCUGAAGGAACGGUAAAUUUUCGUAAGGGACAUACAAAGGGGACCAUUUUAGCUAAUGAAAAGGGUGGCUUAUGGCUUCUACAUUCGGUGCCGAAAUUCCCUUCAACAAAUGCAGGGUCCUACUUUUAUCCACACAACGGAUACCAAUAUGGUCAAAGUUUUCUCUGCAUUUCUUUUGAUCUGAUCAAUUUAAACUUGAUAGGGAAACAGUUGCAAUACAAUGAGCCAUUUAUAUAUGAACAUAACAUUCCUGAUUCGUUAAUGUCAACUUUGCCAAAUAUCGUGGAUGUUAUCAAUGGACGAACCAUGAAUGGCUCUAGGCCAUUUAAUCUAGUCAAUUUAAACUCCAUAAAUGGCACCAAAUUUUGGUCUUUUGCUAAAGGAAAGCAUUUUAACAAAGACUUGUAUGAGGAUUGGGUUGCUCCUGCAUUCAACUCUAGUUUAUUAGUAGAAACUUGGUUGAAUGGAGCCGGUCGUCUACCCUCUGAUUGCAAAAGAAUGUUUCAUGUGCAAAAUAUCGAGUCAUUAACUAUCAAAAUAGCAAAUUUAUCAUUUAGUUCUUCCAAUGACCAUUCAAAGUGGGCUGUAACUCCUUCUGAUAAUUCGCAAUUUUGGACGUGCAUAGGAGAUAUAAAUAGAGCGAAACCUCAAGAAAAGAGGGGGGGUGGAACUGUAUGUUUUUCCAAUAAAAACAUUGCUGCAGCCUAUCAGACGAGUAUAACUACUUUAGAAAAUUGCAACUAAUAUUUUUGUUAAAUGAUGUAGAUACAAUUGUGUUGGACAUAUUUAUUUGUUACAUAUACAUAUCUACAGUCAUUAGUAUGUAGAUUCUGAUCUUAAAUAUUUAUUAAAUACAACAAUUUAGCAAAUAA